GAUGAAGCACGCAGAUGGGAGCAGCAGCGUGCUGCCCUUUCCUUCCCUCCCUACCACCCACCACCUCCCCAGGCCCCAUGUCCCUCCCUGAGCGAUCUGGGCUGGAUGACCUUGGGAAAGAGGCAGGCUUAAAGCAGACUGUCAUUCCCGCAGGUGGUCUGGUCUCUUGGUGGCACAACUGAACAGCACUGAGCUCUGGUUUCGGGGUGGAAACUUGCAAAGCAGUGCUACUCAGAGACAUUCCAGCUAGGCCAGGCUCUGAGCUGUGGCUGAGCUGCAGGUAACUGCUAAUUGGAGGAGAGUUGGACUAGAUGACCUUUAAAGGUCCCUUCCAGCUCGAACGAUUCUGUGUCCGGACGGGGAAGCCCAGGACGCAGCUGUCAGCGGCCCGUAUCGCCAGCCGCGUCGCGCCGCGGGUUGGGCCCCCUCGGACGCCGUCGUCACCUGCACUCUGCGCGCUCAGCCGUUGCCAUGGCGGCCGCCCCCUCCCGACCAAUGGCUGCGAGGGGAACGCGGGCGGCGGCCAAUGAGAGGAGGGCGUGAAGGCGGGAGGAGAGCGGCGCGCGGGAGGCGGCGGCCAUGAAGCGGCUGCGGUGCGCGGAGACCCCGGAGCCGGGCUGCCUGCAGGCAUGGGCGGCCGAGUGCGAGGCCCUGGCCGGGCGAUGGCGGGUGCGGCACUCCCCUCAUCCCAGUCUCCCUCGCCAGGGCUGCUUCGCGCAGCCCCGGUACCGGUUGUCCCCGGAAGGCUGGGCCCCGGUGUGAGGCCGGCGGGUGAGUGUGUCCCUUGCAGGCAGCGCGGGGCUCGGCGCACGGAGGAGCGGCGGCGGUGGCGCGGCAGCUGCGAGGCGCCUUCGGGGAGCUGCUGCUGCGGAUGCGGGGUGAGUGGCGGCCCUGCUCCCACCUCCUGCCCGCUGCAGACCCAGAGCCGGAGUGUGCAGGGCACUGGCGUUCCUAGGCUGCUUCCCUGGGAAUCCCGCUGCCUGGGAGAAGCUGAAGGGGGGAGGGUGAUGCGUUCCCUACUGCCUUGAAGCUGAACUUAAUCCUUGAUCAAAGGGAUUAAGGCCCAGCCCCGGCUUUUGAUCUCGCCGGGGAGUGCAACCGAAUUUAGGUAUGUCUGGAAAAUAAGAGGCAGCUUCUCCUUGGAAAGGAGGGGCUGCAGGAGAAAGGCUGCUUGUCAUCGUGCUGUGCUGAGGAGCAGAGGAGGAGCUGAGGCUGUUCAGCCUGGGGAAGAGAAGGCUCCAGGGAGACCUGAGUCAGUAUCUGACAGGGGGCUGUAAGAAAGGAGACAGACUUUAGCAGGGUCUGUUGUGAUAGGACAAGGAGAAAUGAUUUCAAAGUAAAAGGGAGAAGACUUAGAUUGGUUAUAAGGAAGAAGAUUUUUACAGUGAGAGUGGUGAGGGGCUGGAGCAGGCUGCCCAGAGAGGUGGUGGAUGCCUCAUCCCUGGAGAUGUUCAAAGUCAGGCUGGAGGGUGAUGGAGCUGUGGUGUUAGGAAGUGGUGUUCCUUUCUUCCUCACGAGACGUACUGGGCAACUUGACAAACAAGCGUGCUCUCAGAGUUCAGGUUCUGCAUUUAAACAGUUAAGACAUACAUAUGCAGUAUACUGGCAUACAUACUCAUUCUUUUCCAAGAACUUAUUAAUAUAUGCUAAUAUCCUUCUGGGCAUGCGCGAUUGCAUUUGGGGUGGUUGUACACCCACUUACUUUAUCCCCAUUUUUCCACCAUCAGCUUAAUCACCGAGACUUUUGGCUGACCUUUAGCUGUUUUUCUCCAAUUUGGCAAAUUUCUAUUGCUUGUUAGACCAUAACGAGCAACUUCGAAAACAAUGUACAUGAAAUCCAAGGGAAACGUCCUCGCACCUGGUAAAAUGCUAAGAUAAGUAGUCUAUUAUGACUCCAGUACUUCUUGUGAAGGAGAAUCAAGAGAAAACAAGGCUGUUCGCAGACCAAGCAAAGUUGAAAUGGAAAGUUUUAGAAUUGGCACUCAUUGAUUCCUUUUGCUAAACUCUAGUAUAUUGGUCCUUACACUAACAUACUGAUCCCUAUUGCUAAGCAAAACAGUCUAUAAUAUACUGAUCCAUACAGCUAAACAAACUGGCCUCUAUCAGGUGUUCCUGUUCACUGUAGGAGAAUUGGACUAGGUGACCUUUAAGGGUCCCUUCCAACUCAGAUGAUUCUAUGAUUCCUUGCUGCAAGUGGGCUAUAGAGAGAACCUGACGAGAGAGCAAUCCUUUUAGGAAGAUCUAUGGAGCUGAGCAACUAGAUUGCCCUGUGGUGGCACCUGGGAAGAGACAGUGCAGGAGAUCUGUUCAAGAUAUUAGAUCAGUACCGGAAGGGGACAGGUUCUUGGUGAUCUGUUGGAAGUGCUGGAAGAUCUCUGGCCUGGAAUGCUGCAGCAUUUGGAUACCAGAGGAACAGAUGGCUGAAUCAUUGCUGGCACCUGGAGAGGCUUGCCACCUGCGCUCCCCACGAUGCCUCUGGAGCUUACUGUCCUCUACAACUCCCUGCUCUUUGUCAUGGGAACGUCAGACUGUGCCAUCAAAGGAGAAGCAGAAGGAAUACGCCAGGGGCUCCUCAGGGUUCUGCAGGCUUGUGGAACCUCUGGGCAGGACCUUAGCACAGAAGAGCUGUGGCAGAAGGUGCUGCAGGAAGUAACUGCUGAGGAACUACGGGCACCUUUGCAUCGACUGGGGGCCUUGCAAGCAGCAUGGUGGCUGGCAGCUAGCUGCCUGCAAAGCAUCACUGACCUCUUCCGGCUCCUAAGCAGUGCUGAGGACCCAGGGAGAGCUCCCUGCAGUGGAGAGAAAAACGAGCUCCUCACCCUUCUCAAGGCAUGGAGAGCACCUGCUGAGGAGGCUUCCAUUUCCCUUGUACAGAGCACUGAGGACUUGAAGGAGACCCUGUGCACUGCAGCUGCCUUCUUGCAAGGGCUGCAAGAGCUGGAGGCUGGGAACCUCCCCACCACCCUUUGCCUCCUCCAGGAGGCUGCAGGAGGAUUCUGCUCCAAGAGGGUCCUGGCGCAGAUCUACGUCUGCCUUGGCUGCUGUGCUCAGCAAAUGGGCAAGCCUCAGACAGCACUUCAGCACCUGAAGCGGGCCCUCCAAGUGGACUUCCAGUGCCAUCCUGCCCUGUCCUAUGCAGCAGCGGUGUACCAGGAGCUGGGGGAGACAGAUGCGGAGCUGCAGGUCCUAACUCUACUCUAUGAGGCUCUGGAAAAAAACCCUCCAUCAGCUACUUCCUCUAGUCCAUACAUUCUAAUCCGAACAGAUCUCCUUGUCAACACACCAAUAUUAGCUUCUGUUCUUCGGCAUCGCCAUCCCUCUGAAGUGAAGUACCUGCUGGCACAAAGGUGUCUCCGGGAUGGGAGGGUGGCUGAUGCCGUGGAACAUUACCUGGAUUUUCUGGCUCUGCUUCAGGAGGGGCUACAGCAACAGGUACCCCUAGAUGGUCGUUCACCUCUGCCUAGGAUCCCUGAGGUGUUCCUGGAAGCAGCAUGUGCCUUGGAGCAGGAUGGGAGGCAUCAGGAUUCAUUAACAGUGUGUGAAGAGGUCAUCAGCAGGACAUCUAACCUGAUCCCACAGAUAGUACAAGUUGAGGACAAGCUGGAGCAGCCAAAGUGUGCAUCACUGGGGACUGGGCUGGCCUGUGGGCUCCUGUCACAGAAGAGAGAGAGUCUGUGCUGCCUCACGUGGAGAGCAGCUGCGUACCUGCAUCAGGGCUGGGUGUGGACUAAGCUGGGCAAGAGCAAGGAGGCCAUAACGCAGUUCAGCAGGUGCCUCAACGAGCUCUUGCGAUUUCAGCCUUGUGGGCACGGUGUUGAACCAGCAGACAAACUCCUGCCAGAAGUGAAGGUCCUUCAGAAGAUCAGGUUGCUUUCUCUGAUUGGGCGAGGUAUGCAGUUUUUGGAACAGGAGAAGCACAAGGAAGCCUUGCUGGAUUUCCAGCAUGGCUUGCAGAUCUCACCAGAUGACCCAGCUGCUGCCUUCUACCUGGUGCAAGUGCUGUGGAAAAUGAACCGAAAACAAGAGGCUGCUGAUUACUGGCAGAAGUACUUGGAGAGCCCUGCUGGGGAAGAUGGGCAGCAGGAAGGGCAGGCAAGGCCCUUCCCUUUGUACCUCGACUCAUGUCUGAAGCAGGCAACCUUCCCACAGAAUGAAUUUCUUGCUAGGAGCAUACGGGAUUACCUCAGGACCACAAGGCAGGAUUCCUCAAGGUAGUUCAGUCAGUCUACUCAUUGCUACCUGAUGAAGUUUCACUGCACCAGGGUGGCAUGAGGCCCUUAAGGACUUCUCCAAGACUCAAAGUGACUUUUGGAUGAAGGUGGAUUCCCAAAAGACCGAAACAGAAUAGACUUCCUUUUCUAAGGAAAGCCUCAGACCUAUUUAGUUUAUGUAAGCUUUUCUGGGACUUCUUUCCUCAAGCAGUUCAGAGUGAACUUUUGCAGUGAAGAUCAUGGCCUUGACACUGCUGGAGCAGCUGUGAGUCUGAAGAAUAUACCCUGGGAGCGUGGGAGAUGGAGUGGAGAUAGCCUCGUUCUUUUGAAGUUAACAUCAGCUGUGCUGCUGUGCCCGGCUGAAGCCAGCACUGUGCUCCCUGCUGCAAGGAGCAGAUGGCAGAGAUGGACAUUCUUAUAAAAUAAAGGUUUGUCAGAUGCCCUGUCCUA